AUGACGAAAUCUUGGGAGCCUAUUUUAGAAAAAGCUAUAAAAGCUAUUGUAUCCAUAAAAGCAAAUCGUGUGAGGAGUUUUGAUACCUCAAAAUCUGGUGAAAGUAAUGCCACGGGAUUCAUUGUUGAUAAAGAGAGGGGAAUUAUUUUAUCAAAUCGUCAUGUUGUUUCGCCAUCGCCUAUUGUGGCUCAAGCUAUAUUUAGGAAUUAUGAAGAAGUAGAAUUAAAACCAAUAUAUCGUGAUCCAAUUCAUGAUUUUGGAUUUUUUAAAUUUGAUCCAUCCAAGAUUAAGUUCAUGGACCUAGUAGAGAUUCCUCUUUGUCCAGAAAAGGCAAAAAUUGGAAUAGAAAUAAAAGUUGUUGGAAACGAUAAUUGUGAAACUUUAUCAAUUUUAUCUGGUACUUUAGCAAGACUUGAUAGAAGAGCUCCAAUGUAUGGUACUGGAAAUUAUAAUGAUUUUAACACCUUUUAUUUACAAGCAGCGUCCGGAACUAGUGGUGGAUCGUCAGGUAGUCCAGUGCUUGACAUUGAGGGUAAUGCAGUUGCUCUCAAUGCAGGGUCUGCAAGAAAAGCAACAUCUAGCUUUUAUCUUCCUUUGAAUAGAGUAACAAGAGCUCUUAAAUAUAUUCAAGAAGGAAAAGAAGUUCCCCGCGGAACUCUUCAGACAGAGUUUGAAUACAAACCUUACGAUGAACUCCGACAUUUGGGUCUUAAAUCAAGUAUUGAAAAAGAAAUUCGUGAAAAAUUUCCUGAAGAAACUGGAUUAUUAGUUGUUCGUAUUGUUUUACCAAAAGGUCCGGCAGAUGGUCUACUUAUACCCGGUGAUAUAGUUAUUUGUGCAAAUAAAAAUAUGAUUGCCAAUUUCACACAAUUAUUUUCAAUAAUUGAUGAUUCAGUUGGAAAAGAUAUUGAAUUAACAAUAUGUCGUGGAAAAGAACAGAUAGAUGUUAAGUUAAAAAUUCAAGAUCUUCAUUCUAUAACACCAAAUCGUUUCGUUGAAAUUGGUGGUAGUAUAAUUAAUGAGUUAUCGUAUCAGCUCGCGUAUUCUUAUUCAUGGUCUGUUGGAGGCCCAUAUAUAGCUGAAAGUGGUUAUAUGUUUAGUAGCGCGUCAGCUUCGCGCAUGAGUAUUAUUACUAGUGUUAAUAAUAUCCCUACACCAAACUUGGAUGCAUUUAUUGAGGCUAUGAAAACUUUACCAGAUGAUGCUAGAGUACCAAUAAAUUUUUAUAAUUUAUCCAACACCAAUAAAGAAAGAAUGUCAAUUAUGCAUGUGGAUAGACAUUGGCAUAAAUUUAAAAUAGCUGUUCGCGAUGACACUACCGGAUUAUGGAAUUAUGAGGAAAUGCCUCCUCCUCCAUCUAUUUAUUCAUAUAAACCUGAAACAGCACAAAUUCAAAAUUUGGAUGAAUCAUUACAACCUGCAGGAAAAAUCUGGCCUUCAUUUGUUACCAUUAGUUUUCGUUUACCAUAUAAUGUUAACGGAAUUAGAAAUGGACAUUCUUGUGGUGCAGGAGUGAUAGUAUCCACCGAGCCACCUUUAAUUAUAUGUGAUAGAUAUACAGUACCAACAAGCGUUGGUGAUAUUUUUAUCACGUUUGCUAAUAGUAUUAUUAUACCUGGAAAAUUAACUUAUCUUCAUCCAAUAUAUAAUUAUGCUGUUCUCACAUAUGAUAAAACAUUGUUGGGAAAUACUCCUAUCAAAGAAAUUGAAUUGAGCGAUAAGGAGUUAGUGCAAGGUGAUUCUGUUUAUUUAGUAGGAAUUUGUGCAGAUAAUUCGCCCGCGAUGAAGAAAACUACUGUGAAACGUAUUGCAAAUAUUGAAACGGCGAAAUGCUACCCUUCAAGGUGGAGAGCUGUAAAUGUUGAGGAAAUUAGAUUGGACGAACAUGUAGAAUCACUAGGUGGCGUAUUAUGUGAUAUUGAUGGAAAAGUGCAAGGGUUAUGGUUAACUUAUUCUUCACAAAAUGAUAAGCAUAACAACAUUUCAUUUAAGAGAGGUUUUUCAAUAUCUUUAGUAAAACCAACUUUAAACUCGCUUAAACUUGGCGAACUUCCAAAAUUAUAUGGUCUUGAUGUUGAAUUUUGGAUAAUAAAAAUGUCAAAAGCAAAAUAUUAUGGAUUAUCGGAUGAAUGGGUUAGAAAAGUUGAAUCUAUAUCAAAUUCAAAAAACAAUUUGUUACGUGUAUUAAAUAUACUUGAUUCAACAAGUCCUUCAGGAAAAUUGUUAAAAGUAGGCGACAUCGUUUUGACGAUAAACGGUAAUAUGAUAACAAAAGUUUCUGAAUUGCCUACGGCUUUUCAUUAUUCAGAAGAAUUAAUAUUACGUGGUGGAAAAGAAAUAAAUAUUAAAGUAGCAACGACGCCAUACCGUGAAAAAGAGGUAACAUGGAUCAUAGGAUGGUCAGGUGCAAUUAUACAAGAACCAUAUAAAGCAGCAUUGGAACAAAUUAAAAACGUACCAACGGGUGUGUACAUAUCAUGUAGAUUUCAUGGAUCACCAGCAUUAAAAUUAAGCACGGGAGUUUGGAUUACCGAAAUACAAGAAAGAAAAGUGAGUGACUUAGAUUCGUUUUUAAAAGCAAUACGUGCGCAUGGAAAAGAAAUUAAAGAAAAACCUGAAGAUAAUGAUGGAUAUGUGCGGAUUAAAACUGUUAGUGAUACAAAUGUUACCAAAGUUGUAACUAUGAAAUUAGACCUACAUUAUUGGGGUAUUUGUCAAUUGAUUGAAGAUGAAGAAGCAUUAUCAGGAUGGAAAUUUAUAGAAGAAUAG